AUGGCUGCACCCAUUUUUGCACCGCCAGGACCUGACAGCUUCAAGUACUUUACCAGGGAAUCUCUGUGUGAAAUCGAGAAGCGCAUUGCUGAGGAGAAAGCCAAGCCGCCACCUAAGCCAGACACUAGUUACCGUGACGAUGAUGAUGAGAACAAGCCCAAGCCCAACAGUGACCUGGAGGUGGGCAAGAGUCUGCCCUUCAUCUACGGGGACAUCCCUCGUGGCAUGGUGGCAACACCACUGGAGGACUUGGAUCCCUUCUACAUGAAUAAGAAAACGUUUAUAGUGCUAAAUAGAGGGAAAACAAUCUUCCGCUUUAGUGCCACACCUGCCUUGUACAUGAUAAGCCCUUUUAAUCUUGCUAGGCGAAUAGCUAUUAAAAUUUUGAUACAUUCAGUAUUCAGCAUGUUCAUUAUGUGUACAAUUUUGACCAACUGUGUGUUCAUGACGUUUAGUAACCCUCCUGAGUGGUCCAAACAUGUAGAGUACACCUUCACUGGAAUUUAUACGUUUGAAUCAGGUGUAAAAAUCAUUGCCCGUGGAUUCUGUAUAGAUGGCUUCACAUUCCUUAGAGAUCCAUGGAACUGGCUGGAUUUCAUGGUCAUCUCAAUGGCAUAUAUAACAGAGUUUGUGGACCUGGGGAAUGUAUCUGCGCUGAGAACAUUCAGAGUUCUCCGAGCAUUGAAAACUAUCUCUGUCAUUCCAGGUCUGAAGACCAUUGUUGGCGCUUUGAUCCAGUCGGUGAAGAAGCUGUCAGAUGUGAUGAUCCUUACAGUGUUCUGCCUCAGUGUCUUUGCCCUCAUUGGUCUGCAGCUCUUCAUGGGAAAUCUGCGACACAAGUGUGUCAUCUGGCCCAUCAACAUUACAGAAAUGUACCAUGGCAAUGGCAGCCAUGCCUUCAGAUGGGAGGAGUACAUCAUGAAUGAGACCAAUUUCUACUUCCUACCUGGUGCAUUGGAUGCUCUUUUAUGUGGAAACAGCUCUGAUUCAGGUCGCUGUCCUGAAGGCUACACAUGCAUGAAGGCUGGUCGCAAUCCAAACUAUGACUACACCAGCUUUGACAGCUUUGGCUGGGCUUUCCUGGCUCUCUUCCGUUUAAUGACACAGGACUAUUGGGAGAACUUGUACCAGCUGACCCUACGAGCAGCAGGGAAGACCUACAUGAUUUUUUUUGUGCUGGUGAUCUUUGUUGGCUCGUUCUACCUUGUGAAUUUGAUUCUGGCUGUGGUAGCCAUGGCAUAUGAGGAGCAGAACCAGGCCACUAUGGAAGAGGCAGAGCAAAAGGAGGCAGAGUUUAAAGCCAUGCUGGAACAGCUGAAGAAACACCAGGAAGAGGCUAAUGCCAUGGCGACAUCGGCGGGUACAGUGUCUGAAGAUGCGGUUGAGGAUGAUGGUGAAGAAGGAGGGAACUUCUCCUGCAGCUCAUCUGAGAUGUCUAAACUCAGUUCUAAGAGUGCCAAAGAGCGACGCAACCACAAGAAGAAAUGGCGACAGAAAGAGCAGGACAAGGAGAAAGGGGACAGUGAGAAGUUUGUCAAAUCUGAAUCAGAUGAUGGAAGCAGAAGAAGCAGAUUCCGCUUCCCUGACAACCGUUUAGGGCGUAAAGACUCUAUAAUGAACCAGAAUUUUUGUCAUGAGAAGGCAUGGUCUAACGUAUAUCAAUCUCUGCUUAGCAUCCCUGGCUCACCGUUUCCUUCGCGGCGUAACAGCAAGAGCAGCAUCUUCAGCCGCUGUAAGGACGGAGGCUCAGAGAAUGAGUUUGCGGAUGAUGAACACAGCACGGUAGAAGAGUUUGAUGAGCGGCGCAAUUCGUUCUUAAGCCUGCAGCGUCGUGGUAGCUACACGGGUUAUUACGGCAAGCGCAACAGCACUGUUGAUUGCAAUGGAGUGGUUUCUCUCAUCGGUCCGGGGCCUGGUGGACGCCUACUGCCUGAGGUGAUAAUAGAUAAGGCAGCUACUGAUGAAAGCGGACCAACCACUGAUAUUGAGAUUAAAAAGAAACUCUCAGGAUCUCUAAUGGUUUCUGUGGAGCAGCUAAACACAUCAUUUGGGCGCAAGGAGCGAGCCAACAGUGUCAUGAGUGCUUUAACCAACACAUUAGUUGAAGAACUGGAAGAGUCUCAGAGGAAUUGUCCACCAUGUUGGUACAAGUUUGCCAACACCUAUCUUAUCUGGGAGUGUGGCCCUGUUUGGAUGAGGAUUAAGGAGAUUGUGAACCUGAUUGUGAUGGACCCUUUUGUGGACUUGGCUAUCACCAUUUGUAUUGUGCUCAAUACCCUCUUCAUGGCUAUGGAGCAUUACCCUAUGACUGAACAAUUUGAACAUGUCCUGAGUGUCGGAAACCUGGUGUUUACUGGUAUCUUCACUGCUGAAAUGUUUGCCAAACUGGUUGCCAUGGACCCUUACUACUACUUUCAGGAGGGCUGGAACAUCUUUGAUGGCUUUAUUGUGAGCUUGAGUUUGAUGGAGUUGGGCUUGGCUGAUGUGGAAGGUCUCUCUGUGCUGAGAUCAUUCAGAUUGCUAAGAGUGUUUAAGCUGGCUAAGUCAUGGCCCACCCUCAACAUGCUGAUAAAGAUCAUUGGUAAUUCAGUAGGAGCUUUGGGAAAUCUGACCCUGGUGUUGGCCAUCAUCGUCUUUAUCUUUGCCGUGGUGGGUAUGCAACUGUUUGGGAAGAGCUACAAGGACUGUGUGUGUAAGAUCUCUAAGGAUUGCGUGCUGCCCCGUUGGCACAUGAACGACUUCUUUCACUCUUUCCUAAUUGUUUUUCGGGUGCUAUGUGGAGAAUGGAUUGAGACCAUGUGGGACUGUAUGGAGGUGGCUGGACAAACCAUGUGUCUCAUUGUCUUCAUGAUGGUGAUGGUCAUUGGGAACUUGGUGGUCUUGAAUCUGUUCCUUGCCUUGCUACUGAGCUCGUUCAGCGCAGACAACCUGGCAGCUUCUGAUGACGAUGGUGAGAUGAACAACCUACAGAUCGCAGUGAUCCGCAUUAAGAAGGGAAUUGCAUGGGGGAAGGUCAAAUUUCGAGAAGUGAUAAACACCAUCCUCAGGAAGCAGGUCACAGACGAGGCCAAGCCGUUAGAUGACAUGUACGACCGUAAGCUAAACUGCAUUGCUAAUCACACGAGUGUAGACAUUAGCCGUGAUCUGGACUAUCAGAAAAAUGGCAAUGGAACCACCAGCGGCAUCGGCAGUAGCGUGGGCAAGUACAUGAUUGACGAUGACCACAUGUCCUUCAUACACAACCCCAACCUGACUGUAUGUGUGCCCAUUGCCGUGGGCGAGUCGGACUUUGAGAAUCUCAACACAGAAGAUUUCAGCAGCGAGUCUGAGGCAGAAGGAAGUAAAGAAUGUGAUGACAUCAGCUCAUCAGAAGGCAGCACCAUAGAUAUUAAACCAGAGGUAGAGGAAGCAGUGGUUGUGGAGGCAGUAGAAGAAUAUGUUGAUCCAGAAGCUUGCUGGACUGAAGGUUGUAUUGCCCGCUACAAGUUUUGUGAUGUGCCCAUCACGGAGGGUUGGGGAAAGAAUUGGUGGUUCCUCCGGAAGACCUGCUAUCUGAUUGUGGAGCACAACUGGUUUGAAACCCUCAUCAUCUUUAUGAUCCUCCUCAGUAGUGGAGCAUUGGCCUUUGAGGAUGUGUACAUUGAACAGAGGAAGACUAUCCGUGUCAUCCUGGAGUAUGCUGACACGGUGUUCACCUACAUCUUCAUAUUGGAGAUGUUGUUAAAGUGGGUGGCCUAUGGUUUUGUCAAGUACUUUACCAAUGCUUGGUGCUGGCUGGACUUCUUCAUUGUUGACGUGUCUAUAGUCAGCCUUAUAGCUAAUGCGCUGGGCUACUCCGAUCUAGGGCCCAUUAAAUCACUCAGGACACUAAGGGCCCUGAGACCCCUCAGAGCAUUGUCACGUUUUGAAGGGAUGAGGGUGGUAGUCAAUGCCUUGGUGGGUGCCAUACCUUCCAUUAUGAAUGUGUUGCUGGUUUGCCUCAUCUUUUGGCUGAUUUUCAGUAUCAUGGGAGUCAACAUGUUUGCGGGCAAGUACUACUACUGCUUCAAUGCAACCUCUGAAGAAUACUUCCUACCUGAAGAGGUCAACAACAGAUCACAGUGCUUUGAACUAAAGGCACAGAACUUCACUGAAGUGCGAUGGAAGAAUGUCAAAAUCAACUUUGACAAUGUUGGUGCUGGAUACUUGGCUUUGCUACAAGUGGCAACCUUCAAGGGAUGGAUGGACAUUAUGUAUGCAGCAGUUGACUCCCGAAAGGUGGGAGACCAACCCAAGUAUGAGGACAACAUCUACAUGUACAUCUACUUUGUCAUCUUCAUUAUAUUUGGCUCCUUCUUCACCCUCAACCUCUUCAUUGGUGUCAUCAUUGAUAACUUCAACCAGCAGAAGAAAAAGUUUGGAGGUCAGGACAUCUUUAUGACUGAGGAACAGAAGAAAUACUACAAUGCUAUGAAGAAACUUGGCUCCAAGAAACCUCAGAAACCCAUACCUAGACCCCAGAACAAGCUCCAGGGGAUGGUGUUUGACUUUGUGACACAGCAGGUCUUUGAUAUUUCCAUCAUGAUCCUCAUCUGUUUGAACAUGGUCACCAUGAUGGUUGAGACAGAUGAUCAGUCACAGGAGACUGAAAACAUCCUGUACUGGAUCAACUUCAUCUUUAUUGUGUCCUUCACUUCUGAGUUUGUCCUUAAGCUCUUCGCACUGCGUCAUUAUUACUUUACCAAUGGCUGGAACAUCUUUGACUGUGUUGUUGUUAUUCUUUCUAUUGUGGGUAUGUUCCUGGCUGACUUGAUUGAGAAGUACUUUGUGUCACCAACAUUGUUCAGGGUAAUCCGUCUAGCUCGAAUUGGACGUAUCUUGCGUCUGAUCAAAGGGGCAAAGGGCAUUCGGACUUUACUGUUUGCCCUGAUGAUGUCACUGCCUGCCCUGUUCAAUAUUGGACUUCUACUUUUCUUGGUCAUGUUCAUAUUUUCUAUCUUUGGAAUGUCAAACUUUGCCUAUGUAAAGCGAGAGGCUGGCAUAGACGACAUGUACAACUUUGAAACAUUUGGAAAUAGCAUGAUCUGCCUGUUCAUGAUAACCACCUCGGCGGGGUGGGAUGGUCUUCUGGCUCCCAUUCUUAACUACGAUCCGGACUGCGACCCAAAUAAGGAGAAUCCAGGUACCACAGUGAAAGGUAACUGUGGAAACCCUUUGGUGGGCAUCUUCUUUUUUGUCAUGUAUAUCAUUGUCUCUUUUCUCAUUGUGGUAAACAUGUACAUUGCCAUUAUUCUGGAGAACUUCAGCGUUGCCACAGAGGAAAGUUCUGACCCACUAUGUGAGGAUGACUUCGAGUCCUUCUAUGAGAUUUGGGAGAAGUUUGAUCCCACCGCCUCCCAAUUUAUCACCUUCGCCAAGCUGGGUGACUUUGCCGACACUCUGGAGCACCCACUGCGCGUUCCCAAGCCCAACACUAAAGAGCUGAUCGCCAUGGACCUGCCCAUGGUGAGCGGCGACCGCAUUCACUGCCUAGACAUACUGUUUGCCUUCACCAAACGUGUGCUGGGUGAUAGUGGUGACCUGGACAUGAUGCGGCAACAGAUGGAGGAGCGCUUCAUUGCUGCCAAUCCUUCCAAAGUGUCUUUUGAACCAAUCACCACUACUCUGCGGCGUAAGCAGGAACAUAUGUCUGCCUCGGUCAUCCAGCGUUCUUACCGUGCCCAUCUUAUUCGGAAAGGCUUCAUCUGCAAGCGAUUGCUUGGCAAGCUGGAGAAUGGUAGGACCAAUCAGGACAAGAAGGAGGGCACGCCUUCUACUGCCUCGUUGCCAUCCUAUGACAGUGUGACUAAACCUGAGAAAGAGAAGUUAGAGGAGAGUGACGGCAAGGGCAAAAAUGGCAAAGACCAAAAAGAUGUCAAGGAAUCUAAAUGUUAGGAAUGAUGGUAAAGUGAGACAGAACAGAGUUGAGACUGAAACUAUCUAUUCAAACAAGUGUAUAGAAAAAAUCAUUUGCAACAAAAACAUUGAAAAUCUUUGGAGAAAAAAAGGUUGUUGUUACAGAUGAAGCAACUUGGUUUUUACCAUUUUAAAAUUGACCAAACUAACCUAUGAGCUUAUUGUGCAACAUCUUGGCUCAGUGACCCAAGAUUUUACUGUCUCCUCACAGCAGCCAACAAGGCAUUCAAUGAGACACAAAAUUAUGACCUAUGGUAGAUUUCUUUGAUAGGGACCAACUGCCAAAGGUCAAAGCAGUACAAAGAGUUGUUAAAGCUCAUAAGGAUUCCUUUUCACCACCAUGUGUGGAGUUCAGCAUUCCUCCGCUAUGGACAUCCCUUCCAAACACUACACUGCCGAAAUCCAAUGGAAACCUCCCACUCAUCCAAGGAGGUUUCUGGGAUGUUGUGUUUUAACCUUAGGAUAACCUGUAAUAACAAUGUUAACUCAAUCAUGUGGCGUGGUGUGUCCGCUGGGAAAAGAAAAAAAAACUGAACAUUAUGCAAGGGUUCAUUUGUUUGUGGUGAAUAUAUUAUCACCUUAUUUGACCCACAAAAGAUUAGGGAAAAAAGUUCAGCCCAUGUCAUUCAUCUUGUCAUCAUCUCUUUCUUAUACUUGCAGAAAAAAAAACUAUUUUAUACAUGGGCUUUCACAUUGAUAUUGGGUUGGGGGUUUAUCAAGGUUUUAGACUUGGGCUGAAAGGGACAUACUUAGACCGAGUUCCAGUUAAAUAAAUAAUUAAUUGUGCUCGUUCAAUGCAUAGAGACGACUUGCAUGGUGGCAUGUUUUGAUCAGGAAUCAUGCAUGUAUAAUCAUAGUCCACUUGGUACUGCUACUCAAACCACAUCAGUGGCUUGACCGUACAUUGGAUACUGUCCACUAGUAAUUAAAUGAAAUAGAUAGAGCUGGGAAAUUGUUUGUAACAUAUUUAACUAAUGGAUAUGACAAGUAUAUUUGUACUUACCCCCUCAUAAUGCUUUCUUCCUGAUUAACCGAUUCUCACACCAUGCGUCAUGCGAGUAAUUUCAGGUGGUACAACAUGACAAAUGACAAGAGACUAAACAAAAACACAUUUGUACACCUAUAGAUGUCUUUCACUGCCCUAGGAAGGAGAAAGGGUUGCAAUGUUUGGAAUGACGAGCUAACUUGGAGAAAGAUUACACUGAAAUCAAAUCUUGGGUUCAUAAACCUUGAUUUGCUAUUUUGCACCAGCAUUACAGUAUGAUUCAACUGCCCCUCAAUGUGCAGCUGAGGCUCCCGUAGGCUCUUAAAUAUGUCUUCAAAUAGUACUGCCACCAUGCCAUUUUAAUCCUUACAAUGCUUUGUCAGUCUGUCGGGACCAGGCCUCAAUGAGAGGUGAUGCACAUUUUUUUGGUGUGUGUGUG